AUGCGCUUCACUGUCCCGCUCCUGCUGGCGGCCUCGGCCGCCGCCUCCGUGUCGGCAACGCCGCUCAACAACGUCGCUCGCGAGAUCGAGGAGAACCAGGUGGCGGUCAUGAUCGCGCGCGACGCUGCUACUGCCAAGAACAACGGCACCUCCACCGCGCCCAAGACCAACGGCACCUCCACCGCGCCCAAGACCAACGGCACCUCGGGCCAGGCCAAGACCAACGCCAGCUCGGGCCAGGCCAAGACCAACGCCAGCUCAGGCCAGGCCAAGACCAACGUCAGCUCGGGCCAGGCCAAGACCAACGGCACGGCCCACGCUGCUGUGAAGCAGACGGUCAAGGCGCAGACCAACGGCACGCACGUCGCUCCGAAGCACACGACCAAGGCGCAGAAUGCCACCGCCCACACGCCUGCCAAGGCCAAGCAGCCGGCGCCCGCUCCUGCCCACAAGGCGAGCGCCUACCAGGCCAAGCUCCCGCGCGACGAGCCCACGGCCGAGGAGCUGGCGGCCCGUGACGACGACGUCGAGGUGCUCGAGCAGCGCGACCCCAAGAAGGGCUACCAGAAGCUGCCCAAGGAGAACCCGACGGGCAAGUCGUCCGGCUUCAAGAAGGCCGGGCAGGUCUUCAAGGGCUUCCUCGGCUUUGGCAAGAAGACGCGCCGCGAGCUCGACGAGACGGAGUUCAUGCUGCGCCAGGCUGUGCACGAGGAGCUUCUGCAGCGCGACCCCAUGGAGGAGCGCAAGAAGAAGCUGCUCAAGGGCUCGGCCAAGGCCAUCGGCAAGGGCGCGUACAAGGAGGCCAAGUCCCAGGCAGAAGAGGCAUGGGACAUGGCUGAGCGCGACGUCCUCGACGAGGCCGAGCUCAUGCCCCGCGAGCUGGCGGAACGCGAGCUCGACGACUCUCACUCGCUCGACGCGCGCGGCGGCAAGACGACGGCUGCCAAGUACGUUGUGGCCGGCGCUUCCAUCAUCGGCGGGGGCAUUGGCCUCGCCAAGCUCGCCGAACACUACAAGCUAGGUGACAAGACGCGCCGCGACAUCGACGAGCUCGAGGAGCUCCUGCAGCGCGGCAAGGAGUUCACCAAGGCCGACGUGGAGCAGAUGCAGCACCAGCUCGACCUCGCCAGCGAGAAGCUCGCCCAGCUGCUUCGCGACGCCGACGACCACGCAGAGCUCCUGCAGCGCGGCAAGGAGUUCACCAAGGCCGACGUGGAGCAGAUGCAGCACCAGCUCGACCUCGCCAGCGAGAAGCUCGCCCAGCUCCCUCGCGACGUCGUCGAUCAGCUCGUGCAGCGCAAGAACGCACCCACUCAAGCCGACGUCAAGCAGAUGCAGCACAAGCUCAACGUCGUCAGCUACCAGGUCGCCCACAUGCGCCGCGACGCCGCCGACGAGGCGGUGCUGCAGCGCGACCCCGGCUACAUCCACGAUGUCGUCCACAACACGUGGAACGCGGCAGCGCUGGCGGCAGGCCACACGCCGUUCAGAAGCGCAGACCGCGCGGCCCAGAAGGCGGCCCAGGCUGGUCGCCGCAGCGACGACGCGCUCGAGCAGCGCGACCCAGGCCACAUCCACGACUUCGUUCACAAGACGUGGGACAAGGCAACGUCGGCGGCCAGCUACCCCACGUUCGCCGACCAGGAUCGCCAGGCCCAGCACAAGGCGUCUCAGGCCCUGCCCCACCGCCGCAGCGAGGACGCGCUCCUGGAGCGCGACCCCAACGCGAUCAAGGACGCCGGCGUGCGCGCCGCCAAGGCUGCUGCUCAGGGCGCCAUCAAGUCGGUCCAACACGACCUGAACGUCAUCAGCUACAACCUCUCGCAUCGCCGCGACGAGGAGGGCAACGACGAGCUCGUGCAGCGCGACCCCAACGCGAUCAAGGAUGCCGGCACCCGCGCCGCCAAGGCUGCUGCUCAGGGCGCCAUCAAGUCCGUGCAGCACGACCUCAACGUCAUCAGCUACAACCUCUCCCACCGUCGUGGCGAGGAUGACGAGCAGCUGCUGCAGCGCGAGCCGAGCAUCGAGAGCGCCGCGAAGGGGGCUGCCGUCCGCGCCGGCAAGGGCGCAGCGCAAGGCGCCAUCAAGUCCGUGCAGCACGACCUCAACGUGGUGAGCUACAACAUCGGACACCGCAGCGAGGACGGCGACGAGCUCCUGUCGCGCGAGCCGAGCGUCGAGAGCGCCGCCAAGGACGCCGCCGUCCGCGCGGGCAAGGGCGCGGCGCAGGGCGCGAUCAAGUCGGUCCAACACGACCUGAACACGCUCAGCAACAAGAUCGGCCACCGCAGCGAGGCGGAGAGCGUCGAUGAGCGUGGCUUCUUCAGCGACGCCAAGGACAAGUACAUCGACCGCUACCGCGAGCAGCCGCAGCCGGAGUCCCUGCGCCGUGAUGACGAGCUCGAGAUGCGUAGCCCCGGAGCGGGCAAGAUCUUCGCGCUCGGCUCUGCGGGAGCCGUCGCGCUCGUCGGCGGCGGCAUGCUGACUGCCAGCCUCGUGAAGGACUACAAGAACGCCCACAAGCACCGUCGCGACCUCGUCGACGAGGAGGAGCUGCUGCAGCGCGAGCCGGGCUACGUCCACGACGUCUUCCACAACUCGGCCCACGCUGCCCACGUCGCCGCUGCCCACACGACGGCGGCAGCUCUGCGCAAGGCCGCCCACGCCAUGGACCGUGUCCAACGCCGCGAGGGCGAGGACGUCGAGUUCGAGGCGCGCGAGCCCGGCUACAUCCACGACGUGGUGCACAACACGGCGCACGAGGCCCACCGUGCGGCCGCCCUCACCGCGAUGCACUACGAGGCCAAGGCGCAGCAGAAGCUCGACAGCCUCAACAACACGAGCCGCCGCAGCGAGAUCGAGCAGCGCGACCCGGGCUACAUCCACGACGUGGUCCACAACACGGCGCACGAGGCCCACCGCGCCGCUGCUCUGACCACGAUGCGCUACCAGGCCAAGGCGCAGCAGAAGCUCGACAGUCUCAACAACACGAGCCGCCGCCGCGCCGAGCUGCAGGAGCGCGAGCCCCGCUACCCUAAGGGCAUGAACGCCGGCGCUCAGUUCAUCGCCGACACGCACCACCAGGCGCACGGCAGCACGGCGGAGCGGCGCGACGAGGCCGAGCUGCAGUUGCGUGACCCCCGCUAUCCCAAGGGCAUGAACGCCGGCGCGCAGUGGAGCGCCAACCGGUACCACCAGGCGCACGGCAACACGCUGGCCGAGCGCGACGAGGAGGACCUCGAGCAGCGCGGCCUGAAGGGCGGCCUGGCGGUCUUCGCUGGCGCUACGACGCUCGUCGGCGGCGGUGCCGGCCUCGGCGCUUGGCUGGACAGCAAGAACAAGCACAAGCGCGGUCUUGCUGACGCCGAGCUGCUGCAGGAGCGCGACUUUGCCGAUGCCGAGCUGCAGGCCCGGAUGAGCAAAGGCCGCAUGGCCGCGAUCGCUGCUGGCAGCGUCCUGGCGACAGGCGCUACCGCCGGCCUCGGCUACGGCGCCACCAAGCUCGUGAACGCCUUCAAGCACCGCGACCUCGACGAGCUGUCCGAGCGCGACGUCUUCGAGCUCGAUGCGCGCGACCUCGCCGACGAGCAUGAUCUGCAGGUGCGUGCCGGCGGCGAUGGCGAGCUGCAGACGCGCGAACUCGCCGAGCUGCUGGAGCGGGGCCCCACCCUCGGGGGAAAGCUCCUGGCUGGCAUGACCGGCAUAGGGGCGGUCACCGCGGUCGGCUUCGGCGCCAAGGCCCUUGCGGACUCGUACCGCCAGAAGAAGAACGGCAAGCGCGAUCUUCUGGAGGGCGAGGAGGAUCUGCAGGUGCGUGCUGACGGCCAGCUGCAGGAGCGCGGGGCCGGAGCGCUCGUGGCUGCCGGUGUUCUCCAGGUCACCGCCAUGGGCGGCAUCGGCGGCUACCUCCAUCACAAGCACGUGAUCCGCGAUCUCGAUGCUGAGGAGGCGCUGCAGGUCCGUGCCGCUGCCGACGGCGAGCUGCAGGAGCGCAGCAAGAAGCAGAUCGCGAAGAUUGUGGCUGGCGUCGUGGGCGCCGGCGCCGUCGUCGGCACGGGCUUUGGCAUUCAGGCCUGGAGAAACGCUCACCACCAGCGCGAUCUGCCUGCUGACCAGCAACUGCUGCAGGUGCGUGCUGCUACGGAUGGCGAGCUGGUGGAGCGCGGUCCGAAGAACGGCAACAAGGGCAACGCCGCCACGGCCGCCGCGAGCUCCCUGAUCACUGUGGGGAGCACGCUCGCGACAAAGGCGUACCGGAACAUGCACGGUCGUGACCUCGAGGCUGACGAGGAAGCACUGCAGGCGCGCGACCCGCUCAUCGGCCAGCUCUCCGCCGACGACGCCCGCUACUUCGCCGAUGCCCACUACGACGGCGUGGAGCCGGCCGGCCACCUCGACGCGCGCGACCCGCUCCUCGGCAAGGCGCUCCUCGCCGGCGGCGGCUUCCUGCUCGGCAAGCACUACGCCGACAAGCACAAGCAGCAGCAGCAGCAGCCCACGGGCGCGACCGGCUCCGUCCACAUGGUGGCUCGCGACCCGAUCAGCGGCAAGAAGAUCGUCAAGUACGCCGUUGUGGGCACUGCGGCCAAGCUCGUCGUCGGCACGGCCGCCUGGCGUGCCUACCAGAACCACAAGGCGCAGCAGGACGGCACCGCGCCAGCUCAGCGUCGCGAGCUCAUCGGCGACGAGGAGGACUCGCAGGUGCGCGACCCGUUCUUCACCAAGGGCGCGGUCAAGGAUCUCACCAAGUUCGCAAACUCGAGAGUCGACGCCAUGAAGACCGCGGCUGCCAAUCACCGCCGCGACCUCGGCGACGACGAGCAGGACCUCGACGCCCGCAGCCCUGAGCCAUUCUGGGGCAAGGCGGCCCUCGCCGGCGGCGCGCUCUACGCCUACCACAAGCACCAGCAGCACCAAGCCGCGGCAGCUGCCGCUCCAGCGCCAGCUGCCGCUCCGGCGCAACGCGAUGUGCACGACGACGAGCAGGCCCUCGACGCCCGCAGCCCUGAGCCAUUCUGGGGCAAGGCGGCCCUCGCCGGCGGUGGUCUGUACCUCUACCACAAGCACAAGCAGGCGCAGGCGGCGGCAGCCCCUGCUCCCGCGGAGCGCGACCUUGGCGACGACGAGCAGGCCCUUCAAGCUCGCGACCCGUUCUGGGGCAAGGCUGCGCUCGCUGGCGGUGGUCUGUACCUCUACCACAAGCACAAGCAGGCGCAGGCGGCUGCUGCUGCUCCGGCUGCUCCGGCGGAGCGCAACGUCGACGCGGAUCUGCAGGCUCGCGACCCCUUCUGGGGCAAGGCGGCCCUCGCCGGUGGUGGUCUGUACCUCUACCACAAGCACAAGCAGGCGCAGGCUGCCGCGGCGGCUCCGGCCCCGGCGCAGCGUGAUGUCGAGGGCGACGAGGACCUCCAGGCCCGCGAGCCCUUCUGGGUCUCCGCGCUCGCCCCUGCCGUCAGUGGGCGCGACGUCGAGGAGGUUCACGCUCGCGACCCCUUCUGGGUCUCCGCGCUCGCUCCUGCCGUCAACGGACGCGACGUGAGCCACGAGGACCUCCAGGCUCGCGACCCCUUCUGGGUCUCGGCUCUCGCUCCUGCCGUCAACGGACGCGACGUGAGCCACGAGGAUCUCGAGGCCCGCGACCCGUUCUGGGUGUCCGCCCUCGCGCCGGCCAUCAAUGGGCGCGACGAGGACGUCCAGGCUCGCGACCCCUUCUGGGUCUCGGCCCUUGCUCCCGCCGUCAGCGGCCGCGACGUGCCCACGACCGUCGGCGAUCUGCAGUACGUCGCCAAUCGCGAGGCUUCCGACGACGUGCACGCAGAGAAGCGCUCGCUCGAUGACAUCCAGGUGCGUGGCGUGAUGGCGACGGCGAGCAAGUACAUCGCCGGCAAGCUGGCGAAGCCGCUGUACCACAUGUAUGCGAAGCUAAACGACCGCGCUCAGGACGACGAGCUCGCUGCUCGCGGCAAGUGGAAGGACGCCUUUACGAUCAAGAAGUGGGCCAACCAGCGCCGCUCGCUCGACGAGGACGAGCUCGACGCGCGCAACAUCUUCCAGGACGCCUGCCACAAGACGGAGCAGGUCUACGACAACCACGGCCCAGGCCACGCGCCACAGCGCCGCUCGCUGGACGAGGACGAGACCGCCCCGCGCAACGUCUUCCACGAUGUCCACCAGUGGGCCGAGGGCACGCGGGAGAAGUGGCACCUCACCACGACGCGCCGCUCGCCGGAUGAGACAGAGGUGCGUGGUCUGGGCCGGUGGGUUGGCAAGAAGACCAGCAAGGCGACGAAGCACGAGCAGCCGUGGCAGGCGUCGCUGCGCCGCUCGCCCGACGGGGCAGAGGUGCGUGGGCUGGGCAAGUGGAUCGGCAAGAAGAUCGGCCAGGCAAUCAAGCACGAGGCGCCAUUCCACGGCGGCUACUUCUCGCGCCGCGCCGACACGCACGCC